GUGUGGAGGUGGUUUUAAACUGUGGCGGGUUGCGGAGUUUUGUGUUGUGCGGCGCUGAGAAUGGAGCCCGUCCUGAAAGGUAUUACCGCAUUUGUAGAAGUUUGGUCAUCUAACAGAACAGAAAAUUACUCAGAAACCUUCGAACACCAACUUCGUGAUAUGGGAGCAAAAGUUUCAAAAACUUUGAACAAGCACGUGACCCAUGUAGUCUUCAAAGAUGGACAUUUGGCUACGUGGAGAAAAGCACAGAAGAUGAGCGUAAAAGUAGUUUCUGUACUCUGGGUGGAGAAGUGUCGAGAAACUAGAGUACAUGUUGAUGAAGCCUUAUUUCCUGUGGUAGCUGCUAAUGAAGAAUUGCCACAACCACUCAAAAAACACAAAUGUAUGCAGCCAAAAGACUUCGUUGAAAAAACUCCAGGAAAUGAUAGAAAACUGCAGAAAAGAUUGGACCAGAUGGCUAAAGAAUUAGCCAUACAGAAGAUAGCAGUUAAUGCUGAAACUGAUGUACCAGUUCUACUAUUUGAAGACAAUGGUUCACUUGUAUACAGCCCUGUUAAUAAGGUGAAAGAUCAAUACAGUGCAAUGGAAAGAAGAAUAAAGGAGAUGAAGGAAAAAAGAGAAAAUAUUUCUCCUACUGCUUCACAAAUGUCUCAGAUACUUCCAAGUAGUUCACCAGGAGACUGUCUGCUGCCUACUUAUGUCUUAACUAAUUCAGAAGAUGCAUUGUUACCAGGAGAACAAAUGGAAGACUGCUUGAACUCAAGUUUUGAUUGUUUUUGGGGAACUGAUAAAUUAAAGAGCCAGAAAACAGAGGUAGUAAAACCUGCCUGUGAUAGUUGGACUGAUAAUCCUAUACCCAUGAGUGUCUCAGUGAAUUCUCCUUCACAAAGCUAUGAGCAGACUUGCUUAACAUCAAAACAACGUAGCAGAAGCAGCUUAAGAAAAAAGCAGCUUUUUCAGCAUACUUUGGAUGAUAAAUUGUCUUUAGAAAAGGAAGAUAUAGAAAAGUUCCCAAAUAAAAAUCAGGAUGAAAAUAGCAAGGCUACUUCAGUUGCAAAUGCAAGUUCUCUUCUCAAAAUCAAGGGCUUGGGUCAUCUUUCUCCUUCCAAAAAAAUGGCCAAGUUAAGUAAUGUUGCUGCAGUGAUUGACGGUCUCUCUAAUGCGCCUAAGAGCAGCAGAAACUUAAGGAAGUGUACACUGGAUAGAAGCUUCCCUGUUUACGGAAACAAUUGUAUCCUUAAAGGCAAGAAGAGGAAGAAAUCAGGAAUACUAUCUAGUUUGAAACUGGCUACCUCAGAACUGGGUGCAUCAGGGUUUAAAGACUUCUGGCAAGCAGGUAGUACAGGUAGCAAGUCUUUUGUCUCUGAAGAGGCUUCUUAUGAAGAGGAUUCUUAUGAAGACUUCUUUUCAUCAUUUAACUUGAAUAAAAAUGAAGUACAGUUACAAGUACCAAAGGAGUCACAGAAUCCUCCUGAAGUUUGUUGCAAAGACUCUUUUGCGAGCAUGGACUCUCUUGGUUUGAGUUUCUGUAAGCCAUGUAGUACUUCCAAGGAAAGCGGGAGAGGGUCUAUUUCAGCAAAUGAUCUUUCAGUAAAGGAAAACUUAAAACCAGCUGAGCAUCUUGGAAGUGUGCCAUUAAAUUAUACGUCACAUGGUGAAAAAGAUGACACUGCAGAAGCUGUAGAUUCUGAUGAUGUGAACAGCCUGUCUCAGCAUGCUCAUGAAAAAUCCUACAGAACCAAUGUGAAUUAUAGUACUUACACUAAUGGUGAUGAAAAUCAAUUUUCAGAUUGUCAUGCUACUGGUGGCUCUUGCAGAAGAUUUAAUGAACAAAAGCAUAAGAACAAAGGUGGAUUAAGAAAAAAAAGAAGACUCCAAAAGCCAACAAGGACACUAGUUAUGACAAGUAUGUCUUCUGAGAAGCAAAAUACAGUAAUUCAAGUGGUGAAUAAACUCGGAGACUUUUUGUUCUCAGAUGAUGUUUGUGAAACAACAAGUCAUGUAGUUACAGGGAGUCCUCGUCGUACCUUGAAUGUUAUGCUGGGAAUUGCUCGUGGGUGUUGGAUUGUUUCUUAUGAAUGGGUUCUGUGGUCUUUGGAAUUGGGCCAUUGGAUCUCAGAGGAACCAUAUGAGCUUUCAUCCAGCUUUCCUGCAGCUCCCGAAGGAAUUAAAGGAAAGGGUUAUCUUGUUGUUGUGUUUUAA